CUGCUAAACAGCAUCUACUUGUCUAUCUGCUUUUCAAACUUCUAGUAUAAAGGCGUUGCAACUAAUAAAAUAGCCAACAACUGCAAAAUGCCGGUCGCUGUGUCUCCAAAAAAACACCGGGAGGAUGAUGUCAACUAUAACUUGCAUUUCAGAAUGAUAAACGAGCAACAAGUGGACGAUAUCUGCCUUGAUUUCUUCUACAAACCGCACACCAUCACACUCCUGACAGUCACUGUGCUCAGCCUGAUGUACUUUGCGUUUACAAGGGAUGAUGAGCAGUCUGAUAACAACCUCCGAGUUGGUCUUUUGGUGGUUGUCUCCUUCUUCUUGGUCAUCAGUAUCCUGGCGUUUCCUAAUGGACCUUUUACCAGGCCACACCCUGCAGUAUGGCGAGUGGUGUUUGGACUCAGUGUGCUGUACUUCCUGUUUCUUGUCUUCCUCCUCUUCCUCAACUGGGACCAAGUAAAGUUACUUAUGUACUGGCUGGACCCAAAUCUGCGCUAUGCCAAACGGGAAGCUGAUAUCAUGGAAUAUGCUGUGAACUGCACAGUGAUAACAUGGGAGCGGAUCCUGACCCACUUCGACAUCUUUGCAUUGGGUCACUUUGCAGGCUGGGCUGUAAAAGCUCUGCUCAUCCGCAGCUACGGCCUCUGUUGGACCAUCAGCAUCACCUGGGAGCUCACUGAGCUGAUCUUCAUGCACCUGCUGCCGAACUUUGCGGAGUGCUGGUGGGAUCAGGUAAUUCUGGACAUCCUGUUGUGUAAUGGAGGAGGCAUCUGGAUCGGUAUGACCGCCUGCCGGUAUUUGGAGAUGAGAACCUACCACUGGGCCAGCAUCAAGUCAGUUUGGCUCUUGUUCUUAAUCUUCAACUUUUAUCUUUUCUUUACACUGUCCUUAAACACUUAAAGUGCCUAUUUUAAAAGCAUAAGGUUUAAUUAGCAGCUAGUUUUUAUGCUGUUUACUUUUGAUACAUCUACAAAAUCAGGUAAUCCUGGCAGAUUCUUAUAUAGUUUGUGACUCUAAAGCUAUGCAUACUACGUUCAAUGCAAGAUUACAUUUUGUUGGGAAAAUACUGAAUGUUCCUUCUAUAUCAGAGUAGCACAUGAUAACAGAGGCCCUACGUAGCUGUGUACGUAGCCGGAUGUAUGACUACAUGGAUGACGCUCAUGAGACACUGUGUUAAAGUUAUGAUAGCUAUGUUCCUAAUAUUGGCAUGAUGACACAGCCCCUAGAGCAGGGGUCUCCAACACGUCGAUUACGAGCU